CACGCCAGCUGGAGCUGUCUCGCCAUACACGGCCUUGGCCUUGGGCAGCUGUCUCGUCCCAGUCUCAGUCUCCGCCCUCUGGAACUGUCCAGGUCGGCUGAGGAUGGGGGAUCUCCUUCUCCCCAGAAAUCAGUCUGGCCCUCCCCAACCGCGGGCCCCCAGGAGGCUUGUCAGAGCCGCUCCCACGGCCGGCACGCGGGGGAGGGGCCCCAGGGCGCACGAAGGACCCCCCCCGCAGGCUGCCCGCCGCGCCGACCCCGGGCCGUCGGGCCCGAACGCAGGCCAAGGCGGAGGCGCCCAGGCUGCUUCCCGGCCCCGGAGCCCCACAGCACCAAGCCCGGAUCGCAGGACACGGGCGCGCGCCCGGGCCCGCGCACACUCACCGCCCGCGCCGCCGCCGCCGCCGCCACCCCGGGACGCGGAAGGUCGGGGGCGCCGAGCCCCUAGUGCCGCAGCCUCUGGGCACCGCAGCCCCGCGCCCCGCCCGCCUCCCGCGCCGCGCGGCGCCGCCUUCACGGGCCCGCCCCCCGCCCGGCCGGCCCCGCUCGGUCGCCCAACCCCGAGGAGCCGCCGGCCGGACUCGCUUUGGGGCCAAGAGGGAACGCGCCUCCCGGGCCCGCGGCGGAGCGGAGCUGGAGGCCGCGUUUCAUCAGCCGAGCGCCCCCCCGGGACGCCGGAAGGAGCCUCCGCGCGGAGCCGACCACGUGCACGGCAUCUUGGGGCACGGGUUCCCGCCGUCUCCCCACUGUAAAGGAGCGGCUUACUCCAGAGGUCCAGCCCCCUCACACACAAUCACGGAACCCGUAGAUGAGGCAGUAUUUGAGACCAGAAGUUUAUUGGGGACUUGGGUUUGGUUUUUGUUUGGUUGGUUUUGUCGUUGUUUUCGCUGUGUUGCCCAGGCUGCUAUCGGACUCCUGACCUCAAGCGAUCCUCUCGCCUGGGCCUCCCAAAGUGUUGGGAUUACAGGCGUGAGCCACCGCACCUGGCCGGGGACUUGUUUCUAAUGGAAAAUUGUGUAUGUGCUGUAUUAUUAAGAGCAUUGGUUUGGGGUCAGACUAUCUAGGCUGUGAUUCGGGUCUCUCCACUUCUUAUUAUCAUCUUUGGUAAAUUAUUUAACCUCUUUGUGCCUUCGUUUUCUGUAAAAAGCAGAUAAUUAUAGCUACUUCAUGAGGUCGUGUGAAGAUUUAAUGAGAUAGUGUGUGUGAAAUGUUCACAGCUACCAGACACAUACUCACUCGUGUUCCCGAUUGCUAUACUCACAAGGGCUCACUCCCAUCGCCAUCAUUCGUAAUUUCAAAGGGUCUACGGUUAAAAAUAUUCCAAAUUGUUGGGAAACUCUCAGACCCCAGAACUUAGCUGGCUGCAUGCUCGGCUAGCCCUCAGAGACAGCAUGAUUGGAGGCAGGAGCAGGAAUUGGCAACCUGAGCAGUAGAUACCACCCAGACACCCUCAUUCACCAGAGACAGGGUUUCCCCAUGUUGCCCAGUCUGGCAUCGAUCACCUGAGCUCAAGCGAUCCACCCAUCUUGGCCUCCCAAAAUGCUAGGAUUAUAGGUGUCAGCCACUGCACCCGGCCGUAAGUUAUUUUCAAGUAGGAAAAAAAGGAGGCUGCCUGCUCCUUAACUCUUCAAGCCUACCCAUCCCUAUCAAUCAUCCCUUCAAACACAGUAAACUAUGGCUUUAAAUUCACAGCUGACCCAGGAGCCAGUGGCAUCUGAAAUUUUUUUAAAAGCCAGAGAAGAUCUAUGUUGACCUGAUGAUCUUUCACCUUCUAGAUCUCCCUGAACCACUGGCCAAAUCUUUCAAUAAAGAACGUGCUUAACCUGCCUCUUAAGACCUAUGUAUUUGCACAAGAAGGAAAAAAAAAAAAACAGAAAAAAAAGCAAAA